AUCUUACGCGCUGCAUCGUUUGAUGAUCUCCUCUGUUUCCUCCUUUGAACCUUCACUCUGCUGCGCUCUCACUGUGUGUGUGCGUGUGUGUGUGUGCUCCGUGGAAAUUACACAGCAGUCACGGGAGCAGCAGGAGGAGCAGGAGGAGGAGGAGGAAGAAGAGCGGUUUCUCUCGAGCUCUACUUUCCGCCAGUGAGAGCGCAGACGCCGCGACAUUACGCGCACUUUGGCUCAAAGACGCACCGCAGCGCGAGGACAUGAUGAGCGCUCCACGCUGUCCUCAUAUGUGACUCCUCACCUCCUCCUCUUUAUUCUCUUUAUUACCUUAUUUUUUUUCUUGUGGAGGAGAAGAGAAACAAAUCCACGGUGGCGGCUUAAAAAAAACCCACACACUAAAAACUCGCUGUGUGUGUGUGUGUGUGCGCGCGCGCGGGGAAGAUAUUUGCGCCCUGAAGAUGCGGCUGGAUCAGUGGCGCGUGGUUUCCAGCGCGUGUGUGCUGUUACUUUUCUUCAGCGUGAUCUGCAGCAGAGUCUCGGAUGUGUCGUCCACGCACCAGAGCAUCCCCGCGUCCGUAGUGAAGCUCUGGGCUUCAGCGUUUGGUGGAGAAAUGAAAUCCAUCUCUGCAAAGUAUUCUGGUUCUCAGCUGCUGCAGAAGAAAUAUAAGGAGUUUGAGCGAGCGGUGCGCGUGGAGGAGAUGGACGGUCUGCGGCUGGUGAAGAGGCUGGCCGAGGACAUGGAGGAGAUGUUUGACAAGAAAGCUCAGGCCAUGAAGAGACUGGUGGAGGCAGCAGAGGAAGCUCACCUGCAGCACGAGGAGGAUCCAGACCUACAGUACAAAUACUUUAACGCGGUGCUGAUCAAUGAGGAGGACGAGGAGGGGAACAGCGUGGAGCUCGGCGGUGAAUUCAUCCUGCAGCCCAACGACCACUUCAACAACCUGUCAGUGAAUCUCAGCCUCAGCGUCGUCCAGGUUCCAACAAACAUGUACAACAAAGACUCUGCCAUCGUCAACGGCGUUUACUGGUCUGAGGCCUUGAAUAAAGUGUUCGUGGACAACUUUGAGAGAGACCCUUCACUCAUAUGGCAGUACUUUGGCAGCGCUAAAGGCUUCUUCAGGCAGUACCCAGGAAUCAAGUGGAAGCCGGACGAACACGGGGUCAUAGCGUUCGACUGUCGUAACAGGAAGUGGUACAUCCAGGCCGCCACCUCGCCGAAGGACGUGGUGAUCCUGGUGGACGUGAGCGGCAGCAUGAAGGGACUCAGACUCACCAUCGCCCGGCAGACCGUCUCGUCCAUACUGGACACGCUGGGAGACGACGACUUCUUCAACAUCAUCGCUUACAAUGAAGAAUUACAUUAUGUGGAGCCGUGUUUGAAUGGAACUCUGGUUCAAGCAGACGUGGCCAACAAAGACCAUUUCCGGGAACACCUCGACAAGCUGUUCGCUCAAGGCAUCGGCAUGUUAGACAUCGCUCUGACUGAGGCCUUCACACUCCUCGGUGACUUCAAUGAGACGGGAAGAGGCAGCGAGUGCAGCCAAGCCAUUAUGUUGGUGACAGAUGGGGCAGUGGACACGUACGACGCCAUCUUUGCCAAAUAUAACUGGCCAGACAGGAAGGUCCGCAUAUUCCCUUACCUGAUUGGUCGAGAGUCGGCCUUCGCAGAUAAUCUCAAAUGGAUGGCAUGUGCUAACAAAGGCUACUUCACUCAGAUUUCCACGUUGGCAGAUGUGCAGGAGAACGUGAUGGAGUAUCUUCACGUGCUGAGUCGUCCCAAGGUGAUCGACCGGGAGCACGACACGGUGUGGACCGAGGCCUACAUCGACAACACCCUCCCCCAAGCACAACAGCUGGACGACGGUCAAGUUCCAGUCCUGAUGACCACGGUGGCGAUGCCAGUGUUCAGUACCAAGAACGAGACGAGAAACCGCGGCAUCCUCCUCGGUGUGGUGGGGACAGACGUGCCUGUGUCCGAGCUGCUCAAGACCAUUCCCAAAUACAAGCUGGGCAUUCACGGCUACGCCUUUGCAAUUACCAACAACGGCUACAUCCUCACGCACCCAGAUCUGCGUCCGCUGUAUGGAGACAGCAAAAAGCGGAGGAAACCCAACUACAGCAGCGUGGACCUGUCUGAGGUGGAGUGGGAGGACAAGGACGACGCGCUGAGAAACGCGAUGGUCAACAGGAAGACGGGGACGUUCUCCAUGGAGGUGAAGAAGAGCAUCGACAAAGGGAAACGUGUGUUGGUGCUGCACAAUGAUUAUUACUACACAGACAUCCAGGGAACUCCUUUCAGUCUGGGAGUCGCUCUGUCCAGAGGCCACGGGAAGUUCUUCUUCAGAGGGAACGUCACAGUGGAGGAAGGACUUCACGACCUGGAGCAUCCUGAUGUGGCGCUGGCAGACGAGUGGACCUACUGCAACACUGACGAGCACCCAGAGCAUCGUUACCUGGCCCAGAUAGAGGCCAUCAAACUCUACCUCGGUGGUUAUGAACCUCACCUGCAAUGUGACAAGGAGCUGAUUCAGGAAGUUCUUUUUGAUGCAGUAGUGACCGCCCCGUUAGAGGCUUACUGGACCAGCCUGGUCCUCAACAAGUCUGAGAACUCUGAUAAAGGGGUAGAAAUUGCUUACCUGGGCACAAGAACCGGCCUCUCCAGAAUCAACCUGUUUGUUGUUCCUGACCAGCUCACAAACCAAGACUUCCUGACAGCUGAGGACAAAGAGGGCGUGUUCAACGCCGAUCACUUUCCCCUGUGGUACAAGAGAGCGGCAGAACAAGUUCCUGGAACUUUCGUCUACUCCCUACCUUUCAACACAGGAUCAGAAAACAAGAGUGUGGUACUGGCCAGCACAGCCAUUCAGCUUCUGGAUGAGAGGAAAUCACCCAUAGCUGCGGCCGUCGGUAUCCAAAUGAAACUAGACUUCUUCCAGAAGAAGUUCUGGACUGCCAGCAGACAGUGUGCAGCUUUAGACGGGAAAUGCUCCAUCAGCUGUGAUGAUGAGAACAUCAACUGUUACCUCAUCGAUAACAAUGGAUUCAUUCUGGUAGCAGAGGAUUAUACUCUGACGGGGAAGUUUUUUGGAGACGCAGAGGGAGCGGUGAUGAGUAAACUGCUGCACAUGGGCUCGUUCAAGAGAGUGACUCUCUACGACUACCAGGCUCUGUGCUGGGUGUUUUCAGAGAGCAGCGACAGUGGACACACACUUCUGGACCCGUACUUUGCUUUCUUCUCGGCUGUGAAGUGGAUCCUGACUGAACUCAUCAUAUUCCUGGUGGAGUUCAACUUGUACAGCUGGUGGAAUUCUGACAUCACAGCCAAAGCUCAGAGGAUGGGUCGGAGCACUCAGGUUCCGUGUGACACAGAGUAUCCGGCCUUCGUGUCGGAGAGAACCAUCAAGGAGAACAUGGGCAACAUCGACUGUGGCGGCUGCAUCAAGUCCUUUGUGAUCCAGCAGAUACCCAGCAGUAAUCUCUUCAUGGUGGUGUUGGACAACCAGUGUGACUGCAGCAUGUUCGAGCCGAUCACCAUGGACCCUGUCGAGAUCAUCUAUAAUGAAUCUCUGAAGUGCGAGAGACUGAAGACGCAGAAGGACAGGAGGCGUCCAGAUACCUGUCACCCCUUUCACCCCGAGGAGAACUCGAUGGAGUGUGGCGCAGCUGUGGCUCUCAGCCCGUCUCUGGCUGCUACGCUGCUCUGCGUCCUCCCGGCGCUGUUCCCUAGGUGACCAGAGCUAGCCACGCCCCCCCAUCCAGCGCUCAGCUGGGAUCGGCUUGGCUAAAGUAUUGUGACAACUACAGAAGAAGAAGAAGAAGAAGAUGAAAACACUCCUGCUGCCCUGUUUUUGAAAACUCGCCCAGUUUCAUCUCAACGUCUACAAAAAGCCCAAAAACAGACCCAAAAUUUUAGCUGCCGCUCCCUCACCUGACUCUUCCCUUCCAAAUGUGUUAGACUAUGUAGCCUUCAGUUAGCAUCGAACCUGAAAAGUUAUUUAGUUUGUCCUUUGUUGGCUACUGUAAAAAAAAAGCGUGGGUCCAUAAUGGCGGCCACCGUAGCGCUAACGUUGCUCCUUAUCGAUAAAAAAGGUAAAUUAUAGUUUCACGAAAAACUAUCGUCAAUUUCUGCCAAGAGAAAAUGACUCAGCACCGUUUUACAAACUGGACCUUUAACCUCGUUUACAAAGCAGUGUGUGUGUGUGUGUGUGUGUGUGUGUGCGCGUGUGUGUUGUGUCCGAGGUUCUGACAAAAACAAGACAAAAUGUGGGCAAAAUUGUCCGUUGGACGGUUUCAUUCACUGGUGCUGGUUCUGUCAGCUGAGGAGUUCUUCAACCCUCAUCUUUUAAGUCCUUGAAUGUUUGUGAAUAUCAGCCUAAACAGACAUGGGUCCUUGAAAGUGCUUGAAUGUUGUGCAGUAAAGAAGUGAAGUUGAUAUUUAGGUAAAUGUCUCCCUUGUUUGUGACGACGCCACCUACUGUUCACGCCCUGCGUUGCUUGAUGUACGUAGACGAGGCCGACGCAGGACAGACGUGGAGACAUCAUGACUCACUGUCCACUGUCUCUCUCUCCGCCGCUGACGUGAGAUUCCGUGCAGAACAAUGAGCGAGUAAAGUUAAGAAAGAGAGAGAAAAUGACGACGUGAUGUCUGGGAAAUCUCUGUCUCACCAAAGACAAAAGACAAAGAUGGACUUUGAGGACAAUCACGUGUCCUCUGCAUGUUUCAGAAACAGCUGGGUCCUCUAGUCGAGCGUCUUCGUUGUAUAAUGAUAAUAAAGAUCCUUUUCCUUUAUGGAAUUACAUUUGUGUCACGAUUAUCAAACAACACAAAAAGGAACCACAAAAUCAGAAAUAGACAAAUAUAAAAUAUGGGUUUCAGCAGGCAGCUUCUUUAGCCCCUCCCAUGGUCAGAGUCACAAACACAAAAGAGUCGGAACAAGCGAAACUUCUGAUCAUUGCAAACAAAAAGUGUUUUUCAAACAAAUCACGCUCACUGUCUGCCAGUUAGUCAGUGAUUCAACGAGUCAGUGACUCAGUGAUUCAGUUAUUCAACAAAUCAGUGAUUCAGUAAUUCAACGAAUCAGUGAUUCAGUAAUUCAACGAAUCAGUGAUUCAGUGACUUAAUGAAUCAGUGACUCAGUGAUUCAGUGAUUCAACGAAUCAGUGAUUCAGUGACUUAAUGAAUCAGUGACUUAGUGAUUCAACAAAUCAGUGACUCAGUGAUUCAGUGAUUCAACAAAUCAGUGAUUCAGUGACUCAAUGAAUCAGUGACUCAGUGAUUCAAAGAAUCAGUGAUUCAAAGAAUCAGUGAUUCAAAGAAUCAGUGACUCAAUUAAUCAGUGAUUCAAUGAAUCAGUGACUCAGUGAUUCAACGAAUGAUUCAGUGACUCUGUGAUUCAACGAAUCAGUGACUCAAUUAAUCAGUGAUUCAAUUAAUCAGUGAUUCAGUGAUUCAGUGAUUCAGUGACUCAGUGACUCAGUGAUUCAGUGAUUUGACUAAUGGGGUGGAGUGGCUCAGUGGUUAAGACCGGUGCCCUGUAUGCGAAAGACAUCGUGGUCGCAAUGGCCGCAGGUUCGACUCCACCCCUGGCUGAUUGUACUCAAUUCCAUUGUAAGUGGUUUUGGAUAAAAGCGUCUAAAUGCUAAAUGACAUGUAAUGUAAUCAGUGAUUCACAAAAUUUUUCAUGGACAAUAAUGACUCCAAGGAUUUAGAAUGAUAAUAAUAAUAGUGAAGAUGAAGAUGAAGAUGAUGCUGAGACUGUAAUAAAAUGUUUGUCUAAUAAUCCGUUUUCAUUUUUUUGUUUCAUUUAAAUGUCUAUGAAGAAAAAAAAAGAAGAAUUUUUAUUUAUGAUUUGCAUAAACCCAUAAACUGUGACUCUGACAUGUCUGAGUGGUUAUUAAUAUUCAGAGCUUUUGCCUUGUUUGAGUACUUUUUUGAAAUAAAACGAUGUUUAAAAUUGA